AUAGUUUGCGUGACUUGGUUUAAUGAUAUUUCGCGUACGGGGUUACUGAUAGCAGGCGGUCGAUCAACUUCAAUAAACAUCUUUGUUUAGUAGUAUCUACUUGGUAUUUCUCUCAGUUUAAUUAUGCAAAUUAUAUGAAAAUCAUUUAGCUUGUAUCUCUGGGAAAGCCAGGAUUUGUGGCACUUGGCAGUGCGAUGUUGUCGUCGAUCGGUCAAAUUUCCCGCUGGUUCCGAUGUUUUUCCGCUUCUACGAACCCCACAGCUUAAGACAUGGAUCGCCCUCUCAAACAAUACAUUGUAGAGAAUUGUAUAAUGCCUGUGUAAAUAUUCAAAGGUUGCGUGUCUUAGCGUAUGUUUUUGGGAGAAGUGAAAAUUAUCCAUCUAGAAUCUGUAAGAUCCGUUAUCAGGGCUUGUCAUUAAAUUUGCCGGCCGAUGACAGUCCAAGUCUUAUCAUAACACGCGGGUCAAAUGGAAUUUCUAACUUGUUUCCUGAACAAAAGACCUCCGCGUAAGGGGAGGGAAUGCUCUGUUUUAUAUCUACCGGCGUGACUAUGAACAAAACGAGUAAGCGGAGAAAAAGGUACAAUUACUCGUACAACACCUUGGCGAGUCUAUAGCCGUUGUAUCUUGUUCGUGAUAUCUAGUUUCACGUGCGUACGUCAAAGUGUUAAAUUGCUGUUUACCCAACGAAACUCACGCAUGAUAGUCAUGCGAACCGUUCUAGCUGCCAUGGCUAUUUUCAACGAUGGUCAGUAAAUCUGACAUUAAAAUUUCUCUCGUUGUCUAGCCGAAAUAGCCUGAAGCUGUUGUUCUAUAAAAGCGCGAGUACUGAGCUCGCGAAGUUAGAAAUAAAAAAACCACACUGACGUUUCAGACAAAGAGUCUUCGCCGUGUCAGUAAAGGGCGAUUCUGGCCAAUCACUCGCUCCUCGUGACAAAUAAAUGCAAUCAGGCUGAACGUUCCUAAGCCCUGGAGCAAUUUUUCAGUCACAACUGUUAAAGAGCCCUUGAACCUCGAUUUGACAGCCGCACCAUAUAUAGCAGUGGUUUCCACGGAUACCCGACAGUUCCAACAGAUUAUGUCAAAGUUCAGCUUUUACAGACAUGACACAGUUGAUGUUUUUACAUAGCGAGCUACUGUUUGCCGCUUGUGUGCUCUCCCCUCUGCCGCUACACGUCUACAUAUGCCACUUAGCUGCGUGAAAAAAAGCAUUCGCGCAAAGGAUUUCUAGUCGAGUAAGUGAACGCGAGAUCUCGCGCUGCUGGGAACUCACUAAUUAUUUCCGCGUGCAAUGAUCUCUCGCUACUGAGCGAUUAAUCACAGGAACACGGGCCGCUCGCGAAACAGCACUAACUGUUGGAUUUAUAAUUAUAUCCGUAGUCCUAAUUUACCGGGUGGUAUGGCCGUGGUCCCUGUUUCAACCUGGUGCACGGAGAAGACCGAACCGGUUGAGGAGCCGUCUGAAAAAAAUGUGCAGCAAGUAGAGUGCGCAGUUUGUGGCGACAAGUCCUCUGGAAAACAUUAUGGAGUGUUUACCUGUGAGGGAUGUAAGUCGUUUUUCAAGCGCAGCGUUCGCCGUAACCUCAGCUACACUUGUCGAGCAUCGCGGAAUUGCCCCAUUGAUCAGCAUCAUCGAAAUCAGUGUCAGUAUUGCCGGCUGCGAAAAUGCAUCAAGGUCGGCAUGAGACGCGAGGGUACGGGUGAGAAAUUUUCAUAUGAGUAGCAAAUCCGUAAGCGUCACUUUGACUGUAGUUGUGAGUACCUGUUGUAAGUGCAUGAGUAACAUGUUGAAUGAACCUUUUCACCUUUUCACGACAGCCGUCCAGCGAGGUCGCAUCCCUCCUACACAAGUACCUCAGCCAAGUCCGCAACACUCAGCGUUGAAUGGCGCUGAUGUUACAAACGGGCACUCGUUCCUUUCUGGAUUCAUCAGCUUGCUGCUUAGAGCCGAACCAUAUCCCACGGCGCGAUUCCAACAGGGUCUAAACAUGCCUUGUGGGAUCAUGGGCAUCGAGAACAUCUGCGAAUUGGCGGCUCGUUUGCUUUUCAGCGCUGUGGAAUGGGCAAGAAAUAUUCCCUUCUUCCCGGACUUGGCAGUCACCGAUCAAGUAGCACUUCUGCGUUUGGUUUGGAGUGAAUUGUUUGUACUAAACGCCGCCCAAUGUCCGAUGCCUCUUCAAGUUGCCCCUCUGUUGGCCACUGCUGGUAUCCAUUCGAACCACAUGUCCCCAGAUAGAAUGGUGACUUUUAUGGAUAAUGUAAGAAUCUUCCAAGAGCAGGUCGAGAAGUACCGUAAUCUCCAUGUGGAUGCAGCAGAAUUCGCGUGUCUCAAAGCUAUCGUCCUCUUUACAUCAGGUGAAUGAUUUGAAAGGAUACAAGUUUUAAUUUCAGGCGCAACAAUUGUAGCUACAAGUGGUUUUCUAAUAUAUUUUAAUAUUUCAUAACUGCCAGCGAAAAUCAGCAGAUCUUGAUCCAUCGACCGCGGCAAAUUAAUAGUAAUGCUGUUUGGAGUGUGUUGCCCGCCUAUCUCUCCGCUAAACAACAUCAGCUCAAGUUUGCAAUGUCACGAAAUAUAAUUGUAUUUUCGCAGAUGCCUCCGGUCUGACAGAUCCGCAGUACAUCGAGAGUCUGCAGGAAAAGACACAAUGUGCAUUGGAGGAGUAUACAAGAAAUCAGUAUCCAAAUCAACCCACUCGCUUUGGAAAAUUGUUGUUGAGGUUACCAUCUUUACGAAGUAUCAACCCUUCCAUUGUCGAACAGCUUUUCUUUGUGCGUCUCGUGGGUAAAACGCCAAUUGAGACUCUGCUUAGAGAUAUGUUAUUGUCCGGAACGCCUACAAGCUGGCCUUAUCUUCCUUGUACAUAAGAAGCAUGACACGGAGACAAAUUGGCGUUGCUUGGCCGGUCGCCGCGCGGCACUUGCUGUUCUUCCAAAGAACACUAAACGUUUUCGUCUUGUUCCAAAUUUCAAUGUUAGGAAAUCACGGGCUUUGAGCCUUUAAAACCUUUAGUCAUCUUCAUAGUUAGCGAAUUAUAGAGGAUAUUUGUUGUACUUUGAGAAACGUAUAGUAUUUUACAAGUAUUUGCAGAGGACAGAGAAUGGAACGCUCGUUCCAGAGUGAAACUAAAAGGUAUGAUCUUUGAUAUAGCUACGGAGAGGUUCGAAGUAAACUAUGUUAUGUAAAUAACUUUGUCAAUUGUAGACGCCACGCGAGUCUUCUCACUAAGGCUCGUGGUAAGACAGGUAAAAUAGACUUUCUAUAGAGGUACUAUAGUUUUGUUUUUCUUUCAUCGCCGUUCGACAGCGACGUAGCUUAGCUAUCUGUUAAUGUAUUUCAUUCCCUCGAACUGUGAGUUCGUCGUGUGUUUGAUUUUUUUAUAUGAGCCAAGAAAUUGGCCAUGUUGCUGAGAGCAACAUCAUUGUACUAGUAUUUUCUUUACUGUGUGUCCAAAACCUGAAUGUCCAAGACAUCAUCACUGAAAUUAUACAAAAUUAAAGAGAAUUUUUAGGAGAAAAAGUAGUGUGGCUUUCCAGAAUUAUCUUCCAAGGUCCAUGCAAUGGAAAAAUACAUCGCCGCAAGCGGUAAUGGUAAUAUCACAUGCAGACGUAUUUUUCGUUCAUAGUAACUAAAUAUGAAAUCUGGGUUAUUUGGUUUGGUCGACAUAGGUCAAGAUAUCUCUUGCCUUAUAAAUAACAGAAACAAGUCAGUCAUUUCUGGCCGUAUUACCCGCCUUUAUCGAAACGGUUAAGCCGAAUUUAUUGGACUUCUUUUCACGCCGAUAAAAAUAUUCCACGUCGACUGAACGAGCUAUUUGGAAGCAUAAUUAGACAUCCCAGAAACUAUUUCACGUUGCAUUAACAUGAGCGCAGGCUCUCGGCUUGUCCAAGGACCUACUCUCAUUAUUUCGAAUUUUAUCUGGAUUAAAUAGCCGCUCUGUGCGCGGAGAAAACAACCGAUAGGCGUGGAACCUGUCCUAUCGUUUUCCAAAACGAAAAGUGCUCAGUGUAAACAAGCUCUUGUUUUCAAAAAUAUUUAGGCGGUUAAACAAUGCUAGCUCCGGUAAUAAGUCUGGUUCAAAUUUAUCGGUAAAUUGUGCUGAUCUUUUUGUGCGUGUCUGUUGGUCGAUUUGUAACUCAGUUUCUGUAACUAGCGAGGCCAAUUUUCUGUGCAGGGGCUUAUUUUGAGUGUUACGUUUUCAUCUUGGUAUUUUGUCCGUGUUUCAGCUCAAAGUGACAAAUAGACACAAAGCUAUUGCCUAUGGCUUUCUCUAAAGUUAAUAUCAGUUGGCGAACUGUCAGCCUGAGUAAGAAAAGAAUAAGCUUUACAUCACCAGAGGUGACUUGUACUAUUGGCGAAGGUCGGGAGAGUUUGGUGGCGUAAUCUGCUGAGUAGCAGUAUUUAUAUUACGAUAGCCCUUGUGCACAAAGGGAAAACGGAAAACUCACCGCAAGAGAGCGACCUACGUAAAUAAUUGCUUUGACACGGAAAUGCCCUACUCACAUCUCUUGAUAUUUAUUUUAUUGGUGUACAGAAGCUUGGGAAGUUACAACUAGAUUAUGAGGUCAAAGCAUGUAGUUGUAUUAUCGAUAUCCUACAGUGUUUUUGUCGAUUAAAAAUGACCUCUACUUCGAGAAGACGGAUUCUUGGACAUAUUUGUUUUCACAUAAGCUAAUGCAGAGGUCGGAUUUUUCCUUUCUCACAAGAAAAUCUUAAUCUUCACCGCUUGUCAACCGACUUUGUAUCCGCAGAUUUUGCGUUCUUGGCUAUAUUCGCGUCAAGUCCUAAAACUCGGACGUGAGUCGCGUAUUUGCACAGAAUCAUCAACUGUCCGUCGAUCGUUAACUUUGAAGACAGAAUGCAAUUCACUGUUACACAUCAAAAGUGACCUUUGAGUUAAAGACUUGUUAAACAUCACACCAAGAAACUACAAAAUUAACCUCCUGAACCUCGCAAGUUCGCCAUUGAUGAACUAUAAUAGACAACUACCGUAGCUGUAUAGGGCUCGCUUUUUCGUACUGAAAGAGCCACUGGUUGGUUUGAUGUAUACGUGGCUAAAGGCGGAAUUUUUUUAAAAGCUCCGCUGUUGUGGAUUGUAUUAAUCUUCUCAGACACCAGAUAAACACUCUUCCUUUUGUACAGAUCUCAGUGAUCUCAGUUUUUAUUCAAAAUAAAGA